AUGGCGGACGGCAAGCGAUGGGAGGAUUCGGCCGUGGCGUUGAAGACCUCGCCGUCCGUGACGAUGGCUCGGGGAUUGCGCGGCGGUAGCAACCCUCUGGAGGAGUGGAGCAGGCGCUUGAAGGCGAUUGAGGCCGGGUUCCGCGCGUGGACGGCGAAGCAGCCUAUCCACAUCGAGGCCGCGGUGGCCACGGCCGUGGGGGCGGUGCAGGGCGGGGCUCUGGGUGGGCUCAUGGGCUCGCUCACAGCCGACGGAGGGUCGCCGUUCCCCAUGCCGCAGCCGCCGCCCAACGCCAACCCGGAGGCCAUGGCGUCGUUCAAGCAGGCCCAGGCUUUAGCUGGUGGACCCUUAGUGCAAGCCCGGAACUUUGCAGUCAUGACUGGCGCAAAUGCAGGCAUAUCUUCUGUCAUGAGAAGGAUACGAGGGCAAGAAGACAUCCAGGGCAGCAUGGCAGCUGCUUUCGGUUCUGGUGCUCUUUUCUCCAUAGUGAGCGGAGUGGGAACUCCUAAUCCAGUGGUAAAUGCAAUUACAACUGGUGUUGCUUUUGCAGUAUUUCAAGGUGGUUUUUUCAUGAUUGGGCAGAAAUUCUCAAAGCCACCAAGUGAAGAUACAUACUACUCCCGGACAAGAAGCAUGCUGCACAAACUGGGUCUUGAAAAGUAUGAAAAGAAUUUCAAGAGGGGUCUCCUCAAUGAUCAAACAUUACCACUCCUUACGGACAGUGCUCUGAGAGAUGUGAAGAUCCCUCCUGGACCCAGACUUCUCAUACUCGACCAAAUUAAAAGGUUUGGGAUCAUUGCACUAGCCUUUCAUGUUUCCAUCUCUUAG